AUGAGAUUAUUGACACGGCUACUGGUGCUCGUGGCGUCGCUGGCGUUAUUUGCGCAGGCUGACGAUGACCUCAGCACAAAAAUCAGCUCCACCAUCAACGAGUUUUCGGGACUCAUUGUUGAGCACUACUAUCUCACCAACGAUAUGACCAAUGCGUCUCCCGACGACGCCGAGGUGGUGCUGUUGCGAACCUCCAAAAACGAUCUCUAUGUCACUUACAACCAGGGCAAGACCUUCAAGCAGGUGCUCAAGGGCGAGGACAUCAUUGCCAUCUACCCCAACCCCCACUUCAAGAACCGAGUUUACUUUUUGACCCCCGACGAGAAGGUCUUUUUCACCAUUGAUAAGGGCGAGUCAUUCAAGUCGUUCCGAACACCUGCUCCCCCGAACCAGCGAGGCCUGCAAUUGAUGACUUUUGACCGAAACAACAAGGACGCUUUCAUCUGGACCGGAUCCGAAGGCUGUGAAGACGAGCUGUCCCCUCGAUGUAAGGUGGUCACUCACUACACCAACAACAACGGAGGCCGAUGGACCGAGGUCGGCAACGGAGCCAUCAUGUGCCAGUACGUUAACGGACUCAAGGAUCAGAAGCGAAACAACCUCAUGUACUGUCUGUUUGAGUACAACGAGGGUGGCGUCAAGAAGUCCCGACUGGCUUAUUCUACUGACAACUUCCGAAACCAAAGAGUGACCCACGAGAACGUGCUUGAUUUCGCUCUUGCUGAGGAGUUCCUCGUUGUUGCCGUCAUCAAUGACGAGGACGAGACUCUCGAGUGCCAGACAUCCGUGGACGGUGAGUCCUUUUCCGUGGCUCGAUUCCCUCCGGACUUUAAGGUCCCCAAACAGCUGGCCUACACCGUUCUGCAAUCUACCACCCACGCCAUUUUCCUGCAUGUUACCGUCAACGGAAAGGCCAACUCCGAGUACGGCGCCAUUCUCAAGUCGAACUCCUACGGUACUUCGUUUAUGCUUUCUCUCAAUGAGGUUAACCGAAACCGAGUCGGCUUUGUCGACUUUGAGAAGAUGGCUAACCUCGAGGGUGUGGCUGUCUCCAACAUUGUCAUCAAUGCCCGACAGGCCUCCAGGGGUUCGCGAAAGCAGCUCAAGUCCAUGAUCACCCACAACGAUGGUGGACAAUGGGCAUACCUGAACCCUCCCCCCGCUGACACUGAAGGCAAGGCUUACUCGUGUUCUGGACAGUCUCUGGAGAAGUGCUCUCUUAACUUGCACGGCUUCACCGAGCGAAAGGAUUACCGAGAUACUUACACGUCUGCCUCUGCUGUUGGUAUGAUGAUCGGUGUCGGUAACGUCGGAGAGUACCUCGAGGGAUACCUCGACGGAAACACUUACCUUACUGUCGAUGGUGGUAUCACUUGGAGGGAAAUUAAAAAGGGAGCGUACAUGUGGGAGUACGGAGACCAGGGUUCUAUUCUGGUUAUUGUUGACGGAGAGGAGCCCACCAACGAGGUAUUCUUCUCUCUCGAUGAGGGUGUCACCUGGAACCCCUACAGAUUCUCUGAGGAUCUUGUCAAGGUUGAUGAUAUUUCCACCGUGCCCAACGAUAACUCUCGACGAUUCCUGCUUACUGGUAAGUCUCCCCGGUCUAAGGGAGAGCAGUCUACCACCGUUCACAUUGACUUCUCUGGCCUCUCUGACCGACAGUGCAAGCUGGACGAGUCCAAUCCUGACCGAGAUGACUACGAGCUGUGGUCUCCCAGAAACCCCACUCAGCAGAGCAACUGUCUGUUUGGCCACGAGACUCAGUACUACCGAAAGCUGGUCGACUCCAAGUGCUACAUUGGCAGACAGCUCAUCCAACCACACAAGGUUGUCCAGGACUGUGAGUGCACUCGAGAGGACUUUGAGUGUGAUUUCAACUACGUCCGAGACCGAGACGGAACUUGUAAGCUUGUCAAGGGUGCCAGUCCCCCUGAUCACGCCCUCCAAUGCAAGGAGAACCCCAACCUCGUUGAGUACUACGAGUCUACCGGCUACCGACGAAUCCCCCUGUCCACUUGUAAGGGUGGCCAGGAGCUCGACAAGGCUGAUGCAAUUCCUUGCCCUGGUAAGAAGGGCGAGUUCAGCAAGAAGCAUGGUGGUGGACUUGGUGUCAUCGGCACAUUCUUCGUCAUUAUUGUUCCUAUUGCCAUGGCUUGUGUCAUUGGAUUCAUGAUCUUCCAGCACUACCAGUCCAAGUUUGGUGUCAUUCGACUGGGCGAUGAGGACUCGUUUUCCUCCAGCUCCAGCAACCCUGUCGUCCAGCAGGCUCUUAAGGGCCUGGCUUACGUUGUUGCAGGUAUCACCAUGAUCCCCGAGGCUCUCAAGGGCGUCGGCGAGUUCGCUCGAGGCAUUUUCGGCCACUCUGGAAGUAGCAACCGACCGUGGUCAAGAGACUACGCACCUGUUGAUAUCAACGAGGACGACGAGCUGCUUGGAGAUGACAUUGAGAGCGAUGCCGAAGAGGUUAUCUAA